GCAUCAGCAACAGGUACCCAAGGGGUGCACUAGGAUACAGGUUGAGAAAGACAACCAAAUUCCUACACUAAAAACGAAUACAAAUUGUACGUUUUUUGGUUGCUCUAAGGAUACCUUUACAGUUCAACUUUUUGCCAAAAGUUUCUGGUAACCUCUAACGUUUGUGACAAAUACAGAGCCAGGAUUACAAUCGUUACAAGGCUGGUCUUGGAAUUUGACAGUGAGAUGGAGUUGUCGGAUAUUUCGUUCCCUGUCACUUCUGCUGAUGACUUUUAUGACGACCCGUGCUUCAACAACAGCGACAUGCAUUUCUUCGAGGACCUGGACCCCCGGUUAGUCCACGUUGGUCUCCUCAAGCCAGACGACCACCAUUACAACGAAGACGAGCACAUCAGGGCACCGAGCGGGCACCACCAAGCCGGGAGGUGCCUCCUCUGGGCAUGUAAAGCUUGCAAGAGGAAAACCACAAACUCUGACCGGAGGAAGGCUGCUACUAUGCGGGAGAGGAGGAGGCUGGGCAAGGUCAACGACGCCUUCGAGAACCUGAAGAGAUGCACGUCGAACAACCCCAAUCAGAGGCUUCCCAAGGUGGAGAUCUUGAGAAAUGCCAUCAGCUACAUCGAGUCUCUGCAAUCUCUGCUCAGGGGCCAGGACGGCGAGAACUACUACCCUGUGUUGGAACACUAUAGCGGGGACUCUGACGCAUCCAGUCCACAGUCCAACUGCUCUGAUGGAAUGAUGGACUAUAAUGGCCCGGCGUGCACGUCCGCAAGACGAAGCAACUAUGACAGCUCUUAUUUCGCCGAGACUACAAAUGCUGAUGCCAGAAGCAACAAGAACGCAGCAGUCAUCUCCAGCCUGGAUUGUCUUUCCAACAUCGUGGAGAGAAUCUCUACAGACACGUCAGCGUGCACUGUGUUAUCAGGCCAGGAGGGUUCCGAGGGUAGCCCGUGCUCUCCACAAGAGGGAUCUAUCCUGAGCGAAACGGGGGCACCCGUGCCGUCACAGACCAACUGCCCACAGCCGUCCCAUGACCCCAUCUACCAAGUGCUAUGAACACAGUGAUAGUAUGGCCACAUUCAUGAAAACGAAUCGAUUCCUGUAAAUGAAGAAAACAGCAAACGGACAGAGUUGCAGAAUGUUGCUGUAGUAGAAGAACAGGAUGGCAAAGCUGUCAUUCCUUCCAAUAGAAAGGUUUCAAUUCCUUGAAGAUCAAUCAUUGGCUUCCCAUUGGUCACGUUUUAUGAGAUAUAAUUUCCGACUUAUUUAUGUAGGCCUAAGUGUAAUCGUAAAUGAAAUAUUUGACCACUUUCUUAGACUUGUGUGUGUGUGUGUGUGUGUGUGUGUGUGUGUCAUCGUCAUCUUUUGUUCUUUCCUUGCCAUUUUUAUUGUUUAUAACAAUAGAGGACCAUUUUUGUAUAUGUGUAAAUAAGA